AUGACGGGUAUCAACUUAGUCUCGCUUCUGAUAAUUUAUGCGUCAAAUGGAAAUAUACAACAGUCAAGAUUUCGAAGAUUAAUCGGGAAUUUUAGCUUGCUUGGACUAUAUAAAGUAACCUCUUCGAUAAGUCUACAUUCGAAGAACUGUGGUGUGCUUAAAAAAUAUGGUAUGAAGUGGUCAAAAUCAAUAGACUAUGAUCGUAUCAUGACGGCGAUAAAAAAGUUGUUGAUCGAUGCAUCUUAA